AUGAUUGAAGCAGAUCACACGGGCCUUCCCAAGCCUCCGGACCAGCUGCCCUUAGACAUCAACGUCAAGGCCGUCGUGGGCGGCAUCUGGCUGUACCGCUAUUUAGCUGCACGGCGCCAUGACGGCUACAUGGGCGGCAAUAUGACCGUCAUGGCCAGUAGCGCCGGCCUAUACCCCGCGGAGGGCUUACCGGUGUACAGCGCGAGCAAGCACGCGGUCGUGGGGCUCGUGCGCAGCGCGGCCAAAGGCCUCAAGAAGGAAGGCGUGCGCCUCGACGCCAUCUGUCCGGGCCUGGUUGAGACGGCGCUGAUGCCUAGGGAGGUGCUGGAGGUGUGGUCCAAGGAGCAUUUGACACCGAUAGCGACGGUAAUCUGGGCGCAUGACGCGCUUAUUGUGCAGGACGACAAGACGUGA